AUGAUCAUCAGCUUGAUGAUCCGAGCUCUCAUGAUGUUCCCUCUGGGAUUUUGUUGGCCGUCCAUUCUCCAAGAGAAAUUUCUCAGAGCUUUGGAUCCGGAAGAUAUUUUCUCUUAUUUUGGAACCAGCUCAGUGUCUGAUGUACCCGAGUUUGUGGUUGCUCAGCCAACUUGCCCUUGUAAAGAAGAGCACAUUGGGCUGACAUGUCGAAUUCAACAUUGCUCCAUUAAGGCUUGGGGAGAAGUCUAUGCCUUUGAAUUUCUAGAGGACCAUGCCCUCGUUUCUUCUUCCUUUGUGAUCAAUCAAAUGGUGAACUCUUCUUUUAGCGUACUGAAGCAAUUCUCAGGCAACUGCUUUGCAGGUGGAAAACCAUCGCUACCUCCUGGGGCUGAGUGUAGAGUCACUUACUGUGAAGGGCAGCUGCAAGGAGUCGUCAUUACAGAUGAAGAAAAGAUUCACAUCAGGCCUGUCAGAAACAAAGAUAUGGCCCUGCUGAAGGAUCUUGGCUUCUCCAGUCCCCACAUUCUCUUCAGAAGUGCCAGAGUAGAAUCAAAUACAGCAAGAGCAGGGCAGUUUCCUUCUCGCCUGCAGAAGAGGGCUGAGGGAGCUGUCAAACAUCUGGAGCUGAUGGUCGUAGCAGGUCCCGACGUUUACUUGCACCACAAAGAGGACACGGAGCGAUAUAUUCUUGCAAACCUGAACAUUGGGGCAGAGCUGCUGCGAGAUGCCUCACUGGGUGGUCAUUUCAGGGUUCAUUUGAUGCAAGUGCUUGUUUUGAGAGAACCGGAGGUGGAUGUAAACAUCACAACGAAUAUCACCUCUUCACUAAUCAGUGUUUGCGAGUGGAGCAAGAAGGUCAACCCCCAGAAUGACUCUGAUCCCCGGCACGCUGACAUUGUGCUGUAUGUGACCAGGUUUGAUCUGGAGUUACCUGACGGGAACAAGGAGCUACGUGGAGUGACUCAGUUAGGGGGAGUCUGCUCCUCCUCCUGGAGUUGCAUUAUUACUCAGGACACCGGCUUUGACCUGGGAGUCACCAUAGCCCAUGAGAUUGGGCACAGCCUUGGAAUCCCCCAUGAUGGUGAGGGGAAUCAGUGCAGCAGCAAUGGUUACAUCAUGGGUUCAGCAGGAAACCACAGUAGCAUUGACCUUGCCUGGUCCCAGUGUAGCCGAGAAGAAUUCCUGGCCUUCGUCAGCACAGGCCAAACAAACUGCUUAAAUGACCUGCCGGACAUGGACGGCAGCAUCCCUGGAUGGAAGCCUGGCUUAUACUAUGGAGCAGAUGAGCAAUGUAAAAUAGCCUUUGGGAGUGUUGCAACCGCAUGCACCUUUGCUGACAGCAAUGUUGACAUAUGUAAAGUUCUCUCAUGCCACGUACAACCAGGAGACAAAUCCAGUUGUACUCGGCUUCUUGUUCCCCUCUUGGAUGGUACAGAGUGUGGAAUCAAUAAGUGGUGCUUCAAGGGACGGUGCAGCUCUCUGGAAGAACUGAACCCCAUGGCUGUAGUCCAUGGGCAGUGGUCCAGCUGGAGCCCCUUUUCCUCCUGCUCCCGCAGCUGUGGAGGUGGAGUUGUGAUAAGGCAGAGGUUCUGUAACAACCCCAGGCCUGCUUUUGGGGGACAGGAGUGCCAGGGCAGCAGCAUCCAAAUGGAGAUGUGCAAUACUCAGGCCUGUUUGACGACCCAGCAGGACUUUAUGGCUGAGCAGUGUGCAGCAACAAAUUUAAAGCCGCUGUAUCUCACCAAAGAAGUGCCAUCCUUUUAUACUUGGACUUCUGCUGUUGGCUUUGCCAAAGGGGACAUGCAGUGCAAGCACAUGUGCAGGGCCAUUGAAAAUGAAUUCAUGGUAAGCCGUGAAGACAGUUUCAUAGAUGGAACCAGAUGCGAGCAGGAAAACUCUGAACACAAUGGAGCUUUCAGUCUGUGUGUAAUGGGAAGCUGCAGAGCAUUCGGGUGUGAUGGCCGGAUGGACUCCAAGAAGAUGAUGGACUCUUGCAGGGUCUGUGGGGGCGAUAACUCCACUUGCACCAAAGUGAGCGGAUCUUACACAGAAGGAAAAGCUAAAGACUAUGUUACAUUUUUGUCCCUGCCUUAUAACACCACCUUGGCCCAUAUUAUCAAUCAGAGACCACUCUUCACACAUUUGGCUGUGAAGGUUAAAGGUGAGUAUGUGGUUGCUGGAAAGGGAAAAAUCUCAUUGAAUGUCACCUAUCCAUCGGUUCUGGAGGACAGACAGAUCAAAUACAAAGUGUUUCUCACCGAGAACAACCUGCCAAGCCUGGAGGAAGUCCAUGUGGAUGGGCCAACCCAAGAAGAGAUUGAAAUACAGGUUUAUAGAAGGUAUGGGAAAGAAUAUGGCAAUGCCACCAACCCAGACAUCACCUACAGCUACUUUGUGCCAAAAGAGAAUCAGACAUAUAUGUGGAUUCCUCAACAGGGGUCAUGUUCAGUGACUUGUGGGGAAGGGACACGACCAGUGAAUCACGUGUGUUUUGACCAGACAAAGAAUGAAGCAACAGAGGAUCAGUUGUGCCUGGAAUUCCCACAACCCCUUUCAAGGCACGAACCCUGUGCCAUGGAACCAUGCCUGUACAGGUGGAAGAUAUCUCAGACAAAUGAAUGCUCUGCUGUCUGUGGAACCGGCAUUGCACAGCAGAAUCUGACCUGUGUUCAGCUUCAUAAGGGGAUGGAGACUGUUGUGGAUGACAGCUUAUGUCCAGCAGAAGAAAAACCCCUCUCCGUUGUGCCGUGUGUGGUUAAUGUCUGCCCUUUGGGCUGGGACAAAGAGGAAGACACACACUUGCUUCAGACUCUGGAGUCACUUGGACAUAUCCAACUGGAAAAUCAGACUGUGUAUGUCUGGAGCCCUCUAGCUGGAGAGUGUUCAGUGUCCUGUGGUAGAGGUGAGACUCAGAUACAGUAUGUAUGUGUAGCUUUUGACACCAAAGAAAAAAUCCAAGAAGAAAAUUGUCAUCCAGUGCCAAAGCCAGAGAGCAGGGUGGAAGUCUGCAAUCUCGGUCCCUGCCCACCAAGGUGGCAUUACAAAAUGGGCUCAUGCAGUGCAAGCUGUGGAGGAGGUGUGAUGCACAAGGUCCUCUACUGUGCAAGGGAAACCGGGGAGAAGGCAGAAGAGAUCAUGGCAGACACCCAGUGUGAUGGUUUGCCUCGCCCAAAGGAGCAGGAGCCAUGUAACUUGGAGCCGUGCCCCCCAAGAUGGAAGACAAUCCCGGCUGGCCCGUGUUCCUCCAGCUGUGGGCUUGGCUUAGCUUUUCAGCUGGUCACCUGUGUGCAGGUUCACCAAGGCAAAGAGAUUUUGCUGGAGGAACAUUCAUGUCCUGUGUCAGAGAAGCCCCUUACCAGCAUCCCCUGUGUCAUCCGAAGGUGCUCUUACGAAUGGAGCUUCAGUGAAUGGACAGAGUGUUCAACUUCAUGUGGGAAUGGUGUUCAGACACGGCAGGAUUUCUGCCUCAACCCGCUAACCCGUAAGCACGUGAACCCCAUCUUCUGCAGGCACUUCCCCAAGGCCAUCGUGCUACGUGGCUGCUUCGCAGGGCCCUGUCCUGAGCAGGUGGUGGGGACCAGGUCCCAUGGAGCAGAGCUGCAGACAGUGACACCAGCCAUGCAUCCUACGACAGCUGCAACCGUUGAAAGGGAGAGAUAUAAGGACCUGGAUCUUCCUCCUUCUGCCGUGCCAGCUGUCCCUCAGGAGCAGACGGAGACCAGUGGAGGUGUCUGUGGAAAGCUCUUUCUUAAUGCCACUGGGGUCAUCAACAUGACAGGUGUAGACAGAAGUGAGUGCACUGUGGCCAUUGGACGUCCUCUAGGGGAGGAGAUAACACUCAGCGUUCUGGAGAGCUCCCUGAACUGCAGUGCAGGUGAAGUCGUGUUGUUUUCUGGGCGAAUGAUGUGGCGGACAGGCUGCAGGAAGCUCCCUUUGUCACUGAUAAAUUCCAGAACAAAUACAUUGAUUGUGAAACAGCGUGUUUUGCUGCCAGGAAAUGGUGUUGUUCUUCAGUACAACAGCAGAAAUGCAACUAAAAAAUAUUACCAAGACUGUGACAAGCAGCUGUUUGGUCCCCGAGGUGAAAUAGUGAAUCCUGUGCAGUCACCUGGUCAAAGGCAUGAAGCAGUGUGUCGGACCUUCAUUAAUGUGGCUCCUCAGCAUCGCAUAGCUAUCCGAGCCCUGUAUAUUGACCUGGGCAGUGAGAACAACCAAACCCAGUUUAAUUACAUCCUGAUCCGUGACGUAAGCACCAUGAAGACAAUGGUGUUUCAUGGGAGACAGCAAUUCUUCUGGCAAUCAACAGGAAGCCAAGCUGAAAUUGAAUUUCACGAAAACGUUAAGGAACACCGAACCAGUUUCUGGGCUGAAUAUCAUGCUGCUGAACCCAAAUAAAAGGGGAAGAAAGGCUGUGCUCGAGUUAGUCACUGCUGCCUGCUCACUGCUAGAGGUCACACAAGUCAUUUAACCUUUUUGCAAUUGCUUCCCCGUCUACUGAGUGAGAACAGUAAUAUCUACUGACUCUGCUGGGAUCUCAGUUAACACAUACAGAGUUUAUGCAAAAGACACGCAACUACCAAAUAUUUAGCAAAUAGUCCUCAUACAGACCUAUCUGUGUUGACUGGUAUUAAUGCAGUGUCUGCAAUUAGUGUCUUGGACAUUGAGGUCUCAGGGUCCUGCUUCUGUUAUAUGCUGUGACCUUUUAGGAUGAUCACUUUAUUUCUCAGUGUCGCCUUAGAAACCUCUGUAUAGCACAAGUAGCUAAGAUUAUGGUUUAACAAUUAAAUUCACUCCCCUGCAGUGGAAAAGCCCGUUAAAAUGAGGCACAUUGAAAUUCUGGGAAAUUAUAAAGAAAGCAAAGAUGUGUAGGGCAGCGGGCUUUAAGAACAAGAGGACUAGACAAAUGUAUGAGGGCAAGUCGGUUUCUUAGCCCAGAAGGGUAGUGCAACACUAGGACAGGUCACCUGGAAUGCUGAUGGAAUUGCCAUCCUCAAAUGUCUUCAGGACUUUGCUAGACCAAUGCGUGGCCGGCCUGGUCAAGCACUGGUGACAGUUGGCUUUGUAGGGAGGAAUAAAUGACUUCCCGAGGUCCCUCCCCAGCCGUCACGGCUGCGGUUCUGUUACUGCAUGUCUGACGGUGAUACCAGUACUUCUUUUCUAUGGGAAAAAUAAAAGAAUUCUGUCUCU